ACAUGUUUUCUUUAUAUGGCUGCGUUUAAUAUUUGAGUGUAUUUCUGAGUUACCAAAAACAUACAGGGACAUUAUCAAUUGUGCAGAUAUGAAAUCACUUGGUUGUAUUAAUAACGUGUAUCUGAAUCAACAAUCGUCCGUGAUGUUUGGGUAUCUUUAUGUUUCUUAUUAAAAGACUGAUGGGAUAUUUUGUAUGAUUUCUUAACUCUAAGAUAUCUUAUAAUAUAAAAGAUGUGGCAUAUGCGAAAAGCUUCACCAACCGUGACUGGUCACGUGGUUUUCAUAUCGGACGAGGCGGGAAACCAGUACUCAUUUCCAGUGGAGCGUGGAAACAUCACGCUCAGUGUGCUACGCCUUACGUUUCCCCUAGCGGUUGGUAUCUUCUACGUUGACGGGCGAACGGACGGCCUUCCGGUUCAACCGGUCCGUGUCCAUAUCAGAGACGGCGUUUUCAAUGAGCCACAAGGAGGCUGGAUUAAACAGUUCCGAAAGUACUUCGUCAUCAAAAAAAAGCAACCAAACUUCGAAAUGGUUGGGAGGGAGAUGUUAAAGAAGUAUCAGGCCCUCACACAGGGUGUUACAUUGUACUUCGAGAGGCCCGACCCGAAAAAGAAGAAAGUUGUGGCAGCGAUAGAUUUCGGCACGAGUUUCUCGGGGUACGCGUACAUUUUCGAGCACGAGCCCUUUACGGUGUACACUCACUCCUGGACCGCAGACAGCAUAGCCACGGGCACGGAAAAGGCUCCAACAACGGUACUUGUGGAUCCAUCGGGAAAGUUCCACUCGUUCGGGUACGAGGCAGAAGACGAGUAUGCUCUACUCGUGGAUGGAGAAAUGUUCCACGACUGGUACUUCUUCAGAAACUUUAAAAUGAAGCUCUACACCAAUAAGUAUUUACGGCGCGACUCGGUUUUACGCGACAUCGAGGGAAAACAGAUGCCUGCACUUGAGGUGUUCGCCAUGGCAAUACGUCACUUGUACAAGUGCUUGGUUGAUGACGUCAAAACACGCGAUCCGGAUGUGAAGCGAGAUGACAUUACCUGGGUCAUUACUGUUCCUGCUAUUUGGUCCGACGCUGCAAAACAGUUUAUGCGAGAAGCUUCCGUAAAGGCGGGAAUUGACAACGACAAAUUAAAGUUGGUCCUGGAACCGGAAGCGGCCUCCCUGUACUGUAAGGCACUUCCGCCAGAUGACAUUCAGGCAAUCGCCGGGAUGAAGACGGACCAUCCCCUGGCCCGCGGCAAACAGUACAUUCUCCUGGACCUUGGAGGCGGUACGGCAGACAUGUCGGCACACCACGUGCUCAAGGACGGUUGUUUGCGGGAGAUUCACAGGGCCACGGGGGACGCUCUUGGCGGAAGCUCAGUCGAUGAGGCAUUCAGCAAGCUUCUCAGUGACGUCAUUGGACCAGAAACGCUUCUCGCGUUCUUUCAUGACUACCGACAGGAUUAUGUAGUCUUUAUGCGAGAUUUCGAGAAAAAGAAGCGUCUCCCGCUCGACCGGAAUAGCAAGGUGGUACUCAAACUUCCGCCGUCCCUCAGUCAGGUGCUCAAGGUGUCAAGUGACGCCACUAUCGAGGAAGCUGUGCAGAAAAGCGCUCACGCGAAACACAUCCGUGUGAACGGGGAGAACAUGCAACUGGAUGGAGACCUCAUGGCAGAUCUCUUCAAAGACACCGUCAAUGGUAUAAUCAGAUACAUCCGGGAGAUGCGCGCGCAUUCUCGCCUGACGGAUGUGGACACUAUUGUUCUGGCGGGUGGAUUCUCCGAGUCGCUACAUGUGAGGGAGGCGAUCCAAGAUAACUUUCCCAAGGCGCUCAUUGUCUCUCCCGCGGACCCGGGGAUCGCUAUAUUGAAGGGUGCUGUGUUGAUGGGCUUCAGACCGGAAGUGAUCAAAGAGCGAGUGGCCCGCUACACGUAUGGAAUUAGCUAUGCCCGGAGGCCGUUCUGUGAAGGUGACCCAGAGGAGCUGUUAGCUCAUCGUAACGGCGAGACAUACUGUGACGGAAUAUUUGAGAAACUCGUCACAAUUGGCCAACCAAUACAGCGUACGGACGUUUUUACGCUACGCCGGACAACUCACCUAACGUCUCGUCGCGCGAAACAGCGUCGUCUGUACACACGUCUAUUCGCGUCAAUCGAGGAAAAUCCGGAAUACUGCACGGAGGAAUGCUUCUGCGUGAAGAUUGGCGAAAUUGUACGUCAUCCGCCUAAAGGUGGCUGGCCAGAUGUUGUGAAGUCGAGAAUUGAGAUAAAAUUCGGAGAAACUGAAAUGUCCGUCCGAAUAUUUGAGGAACAUUCGAAGAUUGAGUAUCGGGCGAGAGUCGAUUUUCUGUGAUAAAAAAAGUAAAGAGGACAAAAAACAGGGUGCAUAAUCAUAACUCCACAAGCACCGAGGAAGAAAACAAUGGAUGAAUCUUGUAAUGUUGAUACGAUUUAUUUAUCAUUUUUGAAGCUAAACUCUGAAAUACUCACUAUGAUAUGUUUCAUGAUGUAAAAGUUACUUGCCGAGUGCUUAUUAAAUACAUUAAGGAUUCCGUAUCAUUUGAAUAGAAAAUGCUCAACUAAAUUGAAACAUAUCGAAUCGCUUGAAGCGCUGGAACAGAUUGAUUUUAUCAGUGAAAAUUACUACAAAUGAAUUCGAAACAAUUACAGUUGAUAAAGAUGUAGUACCCUUCGCCAUUAAAAGGACCUACUCGCCAUUAAAAGGACCUACUCGCUUGUUAAGUUUAUACGAAUUCAUUAAGCUAGUAUAUUUGCGAGUUGGAAUAUUUGAAAACCGAAUUAAAAAUGUUGCUAUCUGUUCAAACGUGGUAUAUUUAGUAGGAUAAUUAUUUUGUUGAAUGCAACUGGGUUUUCUUGCUGUUUGUGUCUAUGUUUCUGUCCAUACAAUAAAAAUAUUUCUUCAUUUCGAUUGAUAUAAUGGUUUAAACGGAUCUUAUAUGUAUGACUGCCAUGAACUUGAUUAUAUCAUUAACUGAGAGCUGGAUCGUCCUGUCGUGUAUGUUUGAACUGUUUUACAAAACAGGAGACCAUGGACAAUUAUUUAGCCUGUUUCACUGGGGUGGAUGAAAUUGUUAUCGAGUGCAUAAAGGUCUGCCCAUGCUCAGUGGCAGCAUUGACACAAAUGAAUGUAAUUUCAUUAGCCUACGAUUUAGUAUAAUUCGACUACAAUUAUUGAAACUUGUCGAUAUCAUAAGGCGAGAUGUUUCAGUUAAUCCAUUUGAUAAAACAACAAUACGAUUUGAAAUAUUUACAAUGUAUAAUCGUUUCAUUGGUCAAGUGAUUGUUAGAUUGACAAAUGGCAACUGGUCAAACAAUUUAAUGAAAAAGAUUACACGAGUGUCAAAUUAAUUUUAUCAAAAUAUGAAUGGAUUGUCAACGUGACUUUCAGCAGAAAGUA